GAAAGAGAAGCAGCACAGCCAGGCCACAUCCCACACUGCCAAGAGAUGCAGAUGCUGGCAAUGCAGGUUCUUCUUCAGCAAACCCCCCUCCACUAAGGCGCACAUCACAGGGCUCGGAUACUCAACAUAGGAGGCCAACCAAGAGACGCCGUCUUGAGGCUGAAUCACCAGUAGCAUCCUCACCACGCCAACGGCGCAUCUCCACAGUGUCGGCCCUGCCACCACAAGCCAUUUUGGCCAGCCCACAAAGCGAGGAUCCACAAUCCCCUCAGCUGUCUGAACCACCCAUCAUGGCCGAGGAUGCCCAGCAGGAAAGUGACCAGCAGGAUACGUACACACUACACUUGCAAGCGAUAGAUCCUACCCAGCCAACCACGCCACAGGACAUACCCCAAUCACCCCAAACAUCCCACAGCCCCCAAUUGAGCCCAAUACCAACCCAGCAACAAAUGGCCCCAGAGUUUUGGAGCAGUUGGGCCACACAACAGGUGCAACACUAUGUGUGCCUGAACACCCAUACCCAAUACCUUGCCAGUCUGCCCCAUCAUCUGCCUAGACUCAGUCGAAACUCAGGCAGACUGAUAGUUCAGGUUGGCAGAAUUGCCAAUUCAAUGGAGCAGAUGAGGGCAGACAACAGCCAAAUGCAAGCCAAUCUGCAACGCAUCAUGGAUGAGCAACAGCUGCAGCAACAAGCCCUCAUUCAACUGAUUCAACACAACCAAAUGAUUAACGAAAACCUGUCCAGAAUUAUUGCAAACAACACUGCCGCUAAUAGCCAACUCACUGCAAGCCUAAAUAACCUCAGCCAAAGCCUUAAUGUGUUGGCAUCACACCAACUAAGCUCUAGCUCGGGAACAACUACACCAAGUCAGACCCCACUUAACUCCCCAGUUAGACGCUCCAGCAGAACCCGGACCAACGAACCAGGGCAAUCCUCUGCACCCAGCACACACAAAAAAAAUAAUAAUGACGGCUGCAGCAAAUAGUUUGUUACAAAUAAUGUUUUUGGUUUUGUUUCACGGCCGCACAUGCAUUUUCACGGUAGAGAUUUCAAAUACAAAUGCAUAGUAAAUGACCGAGUUCUAUACCUAAACAGCCGCGUUUGACCGAUGGUGUAUUCAUUUGUAUUUUUACUACACAGCCGUAAAAAAAAUACGAAUGCCCUCAUCACUGCCGAGAUUUGAGUUUAGUAAAUUCCCGAGAUGACACUUUGAAGAAAAAACACCAUCUCAGUCAAAAUCGUGAGCUUAGUAAAUAUACCCCACUGUGUGUAUGUAUCCUAAUGAGUUAUAAACAAGCAAACUCAGAGGAAAUUGUUGCCAAGCUGGGAGAUCUAUUGCCAGACAGAAACUUUGCUACAUUGUAUGUUUUUUUAGGAUUGUGCAUGCUAUGAAGCUUUAAAAAGUUGUGAUUUAUUGAUAUUUAAUACAUUUUAUAUGUUUUAACAAA